AUGAACCAGGCCGAGCAGGACGCCCUCGACCUCGCGGCGUUUGGUCAUGCAGAGGGCCUCACCCGCAAGUUUAGCGUGCUGAGCAUGCUCUCCCUCGCCUUUUGCGUCCUCGGUACUUGGGCCGUCUGCGCGCAGGGUCUUGCUACUGCUAUUGAGAAUGGCGGGCCUGUUAGUUGUCUCUGGGGUCUUGUCCUCGUUGCGCUGUGCAAUACUUGCAUCGCCGUGUCUCUCGGUGAGCUAUGCAGUAGCAUGCCUACAGCCCUAGGUCAAGCCUUUUGGGUAUCGCGACUAUGGAGGUCACCUCUCGGACGAUUCACAUCAUACAUGACUGCUUGGCUUAACACUUUUGGGUGGCUUGCCCUCAGUGCCUCUCAGGUCGCCUUCAUGGCCGAGUUUUGUCUGUCGAUGAAACUCAUGUUUGACCCCGAGUGGACUGGCAACAAGGGAUGGGUCACGUUUCUCGUGUACACGGUCAUCAACAUCUUCUUCACCUUUGUCAACUACGUCGGAUGUCGGUCUGAAAAGUUCCUGCCUUACUUUAACAACUUUGUAGCUGUUGGGUUUGUCGGGUUGUUUGUUACGUUCUGUAUCGCCCUCCCUGCGGUGGUAGGAACAGAGCCCAACCUCGAAUACCAGUCGGCCAAGUUUGUCUUUGGUGGUUGGGUCAACGAGACUGGCUGGAGCGAUGGUGUUGUCUGGUUUCUAGGUCUUGUUCAAGCUGCGUACAGUCUUACGGCCUUUGACUCCGUCCUUCACAUGGUGGAGGAACUGCCAGCUCCACGCCGCAACGCCCCGAGAACGAUGGUGAUGGCUGUUGUCCUUGGUGCCAUCUCGGGAUUCGUCUUCUUAGUGGCCAGUCUUUUCUGCAUUCAAGAUCUCAGUGCCGUUCUUGAUCCCGCAUCAGGCUUCCCCUUUAUCGAGCUUGUCCAAAGCACGAUUGGCCUGAAAGGAGCUGCGGCCUUGAUCGCCUUGUUCAUCUUCAACGGCUUCGGGCAAGGCAUUUCGGUCGUCACUUCAACGUCAAGACUAACAUGGAGUUUUGCCCGGGACCGAGGAUUUCCAUAUGGAGCCUACUUUUCCUACGUCGACCCCUACUGGCAAGUCCCCGGUCGAGCAUUGAUUCUCCAGACGGUCAUUAUCAAUCUCGUGGGCCUACUGUACCUCUUCUCCAGCACCACCCUCGAAGCUAUCCUAAGCGUCAGCACAAUCGCCCUAACAAUUUCAUACGCCAUCCCCAUCGCCGUGUUGAUGGCGGUCGGUCGAGACAAGCUACCACCCGGAGGACAAUUCGGCCUGGGCAAACUAGGACCUGUCCUUAACACCGUGUCCAUCAUAUAUGCUGCCAUCACGACCGUCUUUUUCUUCUUCCCUUGGACUCCUAACCCGGCGCCCGUCGAUAUGAACUUUGCGAUUGCAGUGUUUGGCAUCAUGUUGGUUAUUGCGCUUGGGUUUUGGGUCGUCAAGGGACGCAAGUCGUUCUUGCAGAUUGAAGAUGUGUCAGAGGAUGUUCUUUAUGCUCAGGAGCAGGAGGUCCGAUCUGAACAGGUGGAAAAGAGUUGA